CAACCAUAUCUACCGAGGUUAAAGACUGUGAUGCAUAUAAUCCGAUACUGAUAAUACCUAAUAUUGUUAUCGAUGCUGUAGGAGAACCUGAUGCUUUAGAGAGUCAUGGUAAGCAGAUUUAUCUGGAAGAAAAUGAAUAUUGGCCAGAACCAGACAUGGAUUAUACCCCAUACAAGAAUGUAAUAUCAGCUACCUGGCCUACUUUACGUCAUAAGGAUUAUGAAUAUGCUAUAUUAGAUGCAAAGACUAUAGAUGUAACAACAUAUUAUCGCCAGAUCAGUCAGCUGAGUUUGACAAUACCAUGUGACCAUCCUGAUAGCAUUAGAUGUGGACAUACAAUAAAUGGAUUUAUGAAUGAACUAUUCAGUAACAAUGAGCUUGUCCAUGGAACCCGCUACACUGUGUGUGUACAUGCUAAUCCUAUACAAAUACCGAGAGAGACGUGGAUUGAGGAUCUAGAAGAAAUAAAUUCCUGUAGUGAUGGAAUUGUUGUUGAUCUGACUCCACCUGUGGCAGGAAGAUUGUGGAUUGGUUUAAAUCCGGGUAUAGUCUAUCAGACUUCUAAUACAGACCUCUAUAUAAACUGGGAUGGUUUUCGUGACGUAGAAGAAUAUGACACUGGACCACAUGCCACUGGUAUAAAAGAAUAUAUACUGGGUAUAGGCACAACACCAGGCGGAAAUGAUGUGUAUGCUUUUGAAAAUGUAGGGGUGGUACAACACAAAGCUUUACAUAGACUUCCUUUGCAGAAUGGAUAUAUAUAUUAUGCCACACUGAAAGCUGUUGAUUUUGCUAAUAGAGAGACAGUUAAAAUUUCCGAUCCACUUACCAUUGAUGUUACUCCACCAGACAGAACAGAUAAACCAAUCACUUUGAUUAACCGUCACAUUACAUCGACAACAGAAAUAAGUCCUUGUUGGAAAGGAGUGUUCAUAGAUUUACAAAGUGGUUUGGAUUAUUAUCUAUGGUCCAUUGGUUCACAGCCAGGAUACACGGAUAUGAUGUCGUACAUAAGAACGACAGAUGAAUGUGGAAUAACAGACAAAAAUAGUCCUCUUUCACUUAAAGAUGGCCAUUCUUAUUACAUUAAUGUCAGAGCAUUCAACAAAGCAGGAUUGUCUUCAUUGGCCACGUCCUGGGCUUUUGAACUUGACACAACGCCACCUACACCUGGUCACGUGUAUGAUGGAGAUAUGGACCAAGUUACAGGAAUUGUAAAAGAUAUUGACUAUCAAACCGAAACCAAAGUUUUACAUGCUCACUGGGAAGGAUUUCAUGAAUCUCAUUCAACUAUCAAAGAUUAUUAUGUCUCGAUUGGAACCUGUCCACAAUGUGAGGAUAUUUUAGGACAUCAAGCCAUUGGAAUAGCAUAUGAAUUUACCCUAGAAAAUACUCACCUUGGUACAGGACUAAGAUAUUACACGACUGUAACUGCAUGUAACACUGCAGAAAUGUGUACGACUGUGACAUCAGAUGGUGUAAUUAUAGACAACAGUCCACCAACACCAGGCACUGUACAAGACGGUACAGGGUAUUACGAUACAGAAUACCAAUCAAUGAAAAACUACAUAUCAGCUAAAUGGUAUGGAUUUGAUGAUUCCCAGUCAGGUCUGGAGAAGUAUGAGUGGAGAGUAGGAACGAAGCCAGGGUAUGAUGAUAUUGUACCAACUAUAGAGCUUCAUUUGACAGAAACAACAGCAUUACUGGACUCAUCUAGUUAUAAUCUUAGUCUUCCUAUAAACACACGGAUGUAUAUAACAGUCAGAGCUUAUAAUAAAGCAGGGUUGUGGGCAGAAUCAUCAUCAAGUGGUUUUAGUGUAGAUGACACGCCACCUGUCUUAUCAAAAGUAACGACAUUCUCUAACGACUUUGGAAUCACUGAUUUGACUCAGAUAUAUAGGACAACGAUGAAGGUCGAAUGGGAAGUUGAUGAUGCAGAAUCGUUUAUAAAGAGACAAUACCUGUCAAUCAAAUCUCACAUUGGAGGAGAAUUUUUACUUUCUUCACUGCCAGUCAAUGGUAUUGCCAGGUCCUAUGUAUUUACUGGUUUAGAUCUACAUGAUGGAGUGACAUACUAUGUGACAUUGAUUACUUGUAACAGUGCAGAUAUUUGUAUCUCAGAUACAUCGCAGGGAAUAUUUAUAGAUAGCACUCCACCAUCAAGAGGAAUGUUUGCUGUUAGUACUGACCAUGCUUCUGAUCUAGAUCUCUCCAGAAAUGAACAUGGGUGGAUGACCUAUGGAAGUAAUGCUGUGUAUCUGGCCUGGCUAGGGUUCAGUGAUAUACAUUCACAGAUUGAUCAUUAUAUGGUCACUGUGGGAUCCUCUUACAUGGCGAAGAAUCUGAAUAAGGAUCUUGAAACCAAGUAUGUCCACGUAGAUAGCAACACUGACCAUGGUAAUGAGGGCAAAGUUCAACUGCAUAAAAUUGACACUGUUGUAUUGACUCAAUAUGAUGAAGUAUACAUCACCCUGUGGGCUGUUAAUAAGGUUGGUUUAAGAAGUCACAUGAUUCAUUCGGCUUUUAAAAGAACUCCACCGAGCUACCUGGACUUGGUCAGAAGAUGUGAUGCAAUUUCAUGUGAAGGCCAUUGUGUUUGUUCUCCACAAGACCAGAAAUGUCCAUUUAAUCCAAGUCUUGGUAAUUGUACUGAUGUAUCAGAUGAUGUAUUUUCUGGUACACAAUACACAUUAUUGUUAGUAAAGGACACAAAUGGUUAUACCACUGAUGACCAAGCUGUAACAGCUUCUGAUAGUGUACUGAGAGCUUCAUGGAUUAUAUCUCAACAGUUCCCUUCUAAACCAUUAUGUUCCCCUCUAAACCCUUAUGGUAAGUUUGUACAACUCAAUGUAACAACACCUGAUAGUGUACUGAGAGCUUCAUGGAUUAUAUCUCAACAGUUCCCCUCUAAACCUUUAUGUUCCCCUCUAAAUCCUUAUGGUAAGUUUGUACAACUCAAUGUAACAACACCUGAUAGUGUACUGAGAGCUUCAUGGAUUAUAUCCCAACAGUUCCCCUCUAAACCCUUAUGUGUACUGAGAGCUUCAUGGAUUAUAUCUCAACAGUUCCCCUCUAAACCCUUAUGGUAUGAAUGGAGUGUGGGUGACGCAGAUGAUUCAACACCGAUUGGUAUUUAUAACCCACUCGAGGAGAAGGUUUGGCAGGAUGCUGGUCAGUUAAUGGAAUCUGUCUUCACUAUUGGACCAGAUCAACAAUUGUUAGAAAACACCAUCAAAUAUUCUGUGUUUGUACGGAUAUGGUACACAUCUGACACGUAUGCUGUAUUUAAGACGGAUGGUAUUGUUGUGAUGACACAGACACCUGCUGUAGCUACAGUCAGAGGAACGGCUGUGAUAGAAAAAGUUUUGAAUACCUAUGUAAAAGAUGAUGACUAUAUGAGAAUAGGGAGACCUAUAACAUUUAUGUGGAGGGACAAAUUCAUCAAUGCUGCAGCCACAAUAGAGGAAUACAAACUUUAUAUAAGUUCAUUUCCUGGAGGAUAUGACAUAUUGACAAUACCCACAGAUUUAGAUGGAACAGCGGAAGGAUUUAACAUGUCUAGAGUCAACUUAUCACCAGGAAUUAAAUAUUAUUCUAAUGUGAUAGCUUAUAACUAUGCUGGUGUUCACACUACGUCUACGUCAGAUGGGUUCAUUGUAGAUCAUGUAGACCCAUCAGCUGGGAUUGUAUAUGAUGGAUUAGGAGUAAUGGAUGUCGAAUAUAAGAACUCUUCGGACAUAGUGGAAGCCCAUUGGCAUGGAUUUUUAGACACAGAGUCUGGUAUUCGGUCAUACCAAUGGUGUGUGGGGUUGACAACCGUUGUUGAUUCAAAUUAUGAACAAUCGGAAUGUGAUAUUUUACCUUGGACUAAUGUUGGACUUCAUGUUUCUGUAUCUCGUAAUCUGUCAACAGAUAUUCCCCAGGGUACUAAAAUAUACAAUAAGGUCUAUGCUGUGGACAAUGUAGGGAGAACAUCACCUAUUGUUACAUCAGAUGGUGCCAUAGUAGAUGAAACACCUCCUGUUUCAGAAAAAUUUAUUCAUAUUGAUGACAAUAUUGUUGACAAUCCUUCAUUUGAAGACACGAGUGGCGAUCUAUUAUCUUGGUUGAAUGUUAGUUCUACAGAUAUAUGCACAAUAUCUAGUAGUUACCACCCAUUGUUAUGGAUACCCGAUUUAUCAACAUGCAUGGCUGUUAUAUCAUCACAAGUAAAUUUAGCUAAAGACGGACAGUCUUUUCUUUUCAUCAGAGGGAAUGUUCAGCAAAAACUUGUCGACGUCAAAACUGGACAUUUUUACAAGAUUUUAUUUUACUCAAGUCAUUUACCGAUAACAGAUUCUGUAGGAGCAAACAAGGAAGGUUUCGUACAACUUGGGGAUGACAAACAAGUAUUCCUGAUAUAUACAAAACCAUAUCGUCAUGAUGGACAUGGGGAAGGCAAUAGUAGAGCAGAAAUUUCCUGGCAUGCACACACCUUUUAUUUCAAAGCUACAAAUGAUCAGGUUAAUAUCACUAUUGGAAGUAUAGACAUGACAACGGGGAUAUUUAUAGAUAAUCUAUCUGUUCGGAAGGUAAAUUUGACAACAGUAUCACCAGGGGGUCACGUGAUUGGCCAUGUGGUAUAUUUACAUGAAUGGAGUUCCAUACAUGGGUCAUGGAGUUUUGCAGAUCCAGAAUCUCCAGUCAUAGAUUACAGCUGGGCAAUAGGUUAUGCAACUGGAGGAACACAAAUACAACCAUUCAGAAGUGUUGGAUUGAUGCACUUUGGGAUUAACAACAAUGUGACCUUGGUACACAACACAUAUAUUUAUAUCACAGCCAUAGCUACGAACGGGGCAGACUUGAGAGGAAUUUCUUACUCUGAUCCAAUACUAGUAGAUCUGACACCCCCUGACAUCAAAUUCGUCAAUGAUGGAUUAGGUGAAGAUGAAGAUGCUUGGGAAUUUAAUGAAGUAGUAGCAAACUGGGACUACGAAGAUCCAGAAUCUGGUAUCCUGUUCUGUAAAUGGGCUGUAGGUUACCAGCCUGGUGGAAAUGAGCUAUUACCAUACACACUGAUCACAACUUUGUCUGCAUACAAAGAAUUUCCUUACAAUCUACUGACGGGGAGAACAAUUUAUACCACUCUGACUUGUGAAAAUAGGGCUGGUCUUAUCUCAACUCUGACUGCGGAUGGUGUAAAGAUAUCUAACCAGCCUCCAUCUACAGCCUCAGCAGUAGUAGAAACAAUGCCUCUAUCUAUGACAGAGUACACACCUCAAAUUAACAAUCAAGGUGUCACAGACAAUAUAAGAAUCAAGUGGACAGGAUUUGCUGAUGAUAUAGGUGUUGAAAGAUUUAAGGUAUUUUACAACAAGGAUGGCUUGUCAGAGUUGAUGUUCUUUUCUGAUGUACAGGAUGUUCUGUAUGCACAUUUUACGGAUACAACAUUAACAGAAGGGUCAUAUGACUUUUCUGUCCAAGCUGUCAAUAAACUGUUUAAAAUUAGCAACAAAGUGAAGGCUAAUUCAACAGUAGAUACAUCAGUACCAACAGUAGAUAGCUCAAAGAACCUGGCGCUUAGUUGGAUUGAUAACAAAGUGGUUGUAUCGUGGGACACCAUAUUUAGUAGUGAAGAUGCCCUGUUCUUUGAAGUGUCUUCUGGCUCUGCUCAAGCAGGUGUUGACAUAAUACAGUGGCAAGAAACCAUUAAUUCCAGUAUAACAUUUGGCAUACCGGCGUCUGUUUCAGCUACCACAGGAUUAACAGUCCACGUUACAGUUACAGCUGUGUCCAUCGGUGGACAUUCAGCAGUAAAAAUUGGACAAUUUGUUCUUCCAUAAUUAAUUGUUUCUGUCUUCUGAUUACUGACAAAGGGUAUUUGCAAUGGUCGUAUUUGAACAUUGACAAAAAGUGUCUAUUCGUCCGUCCAGUUAUUUGUGUAUUGUUUAAAAUCUAUUGUAUGUAUCUGCAUUACUUAGUGCUGUAAUCUGAUUUUUAAAUAGCUUUGAAGUAAUCCAAAGUCGAGAAAAUAUAAUUUAUAUAGUUUAAAUAAUAUAUAAAACGAUUUUUA